CUGGCGCGAUGAAGUACCCGCUCGACGACAACUUCUUCCGCGUCCCGCCACUGUCCCUUGCGGCGCGCCAGAGCUUCUUGGACCAAGGCGACAAGAUCCUCCGGACGUUUCUCGACAAGACGCUCAAGCGCGACGAGUCGAUGCGCUGGUCGUUCGUCGGCGAGUACGACGGUGUCCGGCUCCUCGAAGGCGACAUUCCCGGCCUCAAGCUCGAUAAGAGCAUCACGCCGUUCCGCGCGGUCACCAAGAUCCACGCAACCCUCGAGGAGAUUGCCGAGAUGCACGCAUGCGCCACGCGCGCGCAGUGCAAGCGCUUCAUCCACAACUACGCUCACGACGUUCUCGACCUCAUUACGCUCCACAGCCUCAUCGAGCGCAGCGCGGCCCACCCGCUCAAGCAGGUGUACGUCAAGUGGACCGUGUGCGAAAGCCCCGUCCCGAUCAUCAAGGACCGUGACUUUGUGUACCUCGAGUCGCAGGACCUCUUCAAGCUCUCGAGCGGUCGGCGCGGCUGGGCGCUGUGCCAGAAUUCGAUCGAACUGCCGUACGUCCAGUCGCUGCAGAAGACGCCGCUCCAGGCGGUGCGCGGGACCCUCAACCACACGGGCUCGGUCUACAUUGAAACCGACACGCCAGGCGUCCUCGACGUCAUCUACCACAUCUCGACCGACAUGAAGGGCAACAUCCACCACUGGGUGCGCAAGCAGGCCAUGAAGCGCCGCGCCCGGCACGUCGCCGCGCUCAACGAUUUUGUGCAUCAAGCGCGCCUCGCCAGCGUCGCGCUCAAGUCGGAAGCCGAGCUCUAUACGCCGUCGUCGACCAUGGUGGUCCACAACUGCAGUCUCUGCAUGCGCGACCUCGCGCGCGCCCGCUUUUGCCAGUCGUGCGCCGAGCCGGUCUGCAGUCGUUGUAGCCGCAAAUGGCGCCUCCCCAACACACCGGCCGACCAACCCAGCGUCCGCAUCUGCAACGUGUGCUCGUCUGCUGUCCGCAGCGGACGACUGACGUCGGACGACGGCCACUCGAGCGCGCCGUCCGAGGUGUCGUCCAAUGGCAGCGAUGUGAAGCCGCGAAAGCACUCGUCCAUUGCCUCGGACGUCGGAACCGAUGCGAAAGCGCGCAAGAGCUCGAUGCCGGUCGAGCCGACGUCGGGAUCGACCACCGUCGCGGCGCCCCGACGUCGCACGGUCGAUGCAGUCGAAAUGACACCGACCAAGACGACGACGACGACCAAGUCAAAGACGAUCGGCGGUCCGUUGCGGAUUGACGAGGACACGAUGGAUCUCUCGUACCUCAAGCUCUACGAGGCGCAGGGACCGGCGCCCAUUGGCAACGUACAUCCGCGGGCGCUGAUGCGGCCCGAGCCGUCGACGUCGUCGUUUGUGAUGAUGGAACCGUCGGUCGAGUUUGACGACUUCGACGACGACGCUGACAGCGGCGUGUCGACGCCGGGGUCCCGACACGGCAGCAUGGACUUUGACGACCCGGCGUUCGCCAAGUUUGUCGAUCAUAUUACGCAGGCGCCGAUGCGACAGAGCCUCCGCGUCGCGAACGAGUUGUCGCGGUAGAGUCCAUAGUCUAACAGCAAAAUAUGCUAGUAGUAUUUAAGCCACCA